AACACCAACAUGUGAAGCCUUUCCUUAAUGGACAUGCGAUUGUUUUGAGCGGAUGACCAUCAUCCACCUCCUUUUGAUUGUUGACUACUUUUGGGGGUCUACGUUUCUAUAAAGGAUUUUUCUUCAGCAUCUGAUGUUGCCAAGAACGUUUACUUUAAGCCAUAUAUUGCCUGUAGUGAAAGCCCAUUGAUACCAGGAUUGCUUUUUAUUUUGGUGGCUCAUGGAAUAUAUUGGAAUUUUUGGCAGACUGAGUCUGACAGUUUCCAUUUUAUCGAUUCCAACUGACAAAAAAUCCCUUGCAGAACGUGGAAUAAGCCAGAGCUUGGUGGUUUUCACGCUCGCUUUAUUGUCUGUUUAGAGAAUGGGUUGUUCCCUCGUGGGUCGUCCUCAAUGAACAGGAGAUCUGCAUUAGCUGUUUCAUACUGGCUUAACUCCCGCUUGCCAGAAGACAUCCGAUAUCGACCAAGAUUCCCCAAUUCCAUUCAAGAGUCUCUACAUCCGAGGUAGGCGCUGUGAGCUCUGGCCAGCCGUCAACCUCGUGGACUAUGUAUAGCGUGAAAUUGGAGGUCAGAACGGUUUGAGCGUCUGUAUUCAGCGGAGGGAAUGAUUUCGUAACACGUAGACGGCUACACCCUGCAUUCUGAGGUCAAAAGAUCAACUCAUAAAGAAGAGGGUAUAUGUGGAGGACAGAAGGGUGACAGGUCGAUAUAAGGGCAGUUAGCAGUCAGCCGGCUGUUAUUUGGGAGUAAAGUUCACACCAGUGAUUGAGUACACUACGUCUACCGAGUGAAAUCGAGCCGAGGUGCAGGGUGUGCGUAACUAUGGAGUCUGUAGACUAUCUAUGUCAGCGCGUCAAAGAUGUCAUCAACGAGGAUCCCGCGGCGGUUUUAGAUCAGAUAUCCGGAUUAGUGGACACGCCUCUCAUGGCGCUGGAGAAAGCCGUCAAGCCAUUGGUUGGAAUUGUGCCGGAAGUGGAAAAGUAUGCCGACAUGUCCGUCCAGUUUUCGCGAUGGGUGACUAAUGUUCCCCAGGGAUGCGGACGUGACGGAAUCGCAGCGAUCAACCUGCUGACCCGGGAGUGGGCUGAUCACAAGGAAAGUCUACACCACCUGCUAAACGAGCGCCUGAGAGACUCCAACCGACAAAAACUGAAACCUUUCCUGCCGGUGUUGAAGUUACUGCUGAACGGCCUGCAUCACUUGCCCGUCUACGAGGGGGUCUUGUGGCGUGGGGUUAAUGCCAAUAUUACGGACAGGUACCCCACGGGCGAGGUGUUUGCCUGGCAAGGCUUCAGUAGCUGCGUGGGUGACAAGGAAACAGAGGAAGGACCGGUUGUGUUGGGCGAUUCCGGAGAAAGGACAUUUUUCUGUAUUCAGACGUCAAAAGGGCACGCCAUCGGGCAGUAUGCCGAAUUCCAGACCGAAUCGGAGGUGAUGCUCACACCGGGUCUGUUCUUUGAGAUCGGCAAUGUAAUCGACGCAGGGGAUGGACUCACCAUUGUUGAACUUCACGAUACCAGUCCUUUGAGAAAAACGAUGGAUUAUCCGAUAUAGCGCAUUGCAAUUGUAGGCAAGCUUGAAACACUCUAGCCGGACGACCACAACUUUCUGUUUUCUUUCUCAGAAAUUGGAAAGUCUUCAUAAGUUCUGUAUAGAGAGAUAUUAGCCCAAAGUGGAUGUUUAUUGUAAUUAUUAAAAGCCAUACAUCGUGUGAC